AUUCCUUCCUUUUCAUUUCUCUCUCUACAAUCUUGAUCAAUUCAAAUGGCAACAAUAUUAUUCAGGAUCAUAUCUUUAUACAAUCUUCUCAACGCAAUCUUCCUCGCCAUGGUUCCCAAGAAACUCAGAUCCUUCUUACCUCAAUCAUGGUACCCACAACUUCAACAACAACAACAUCAACAUCAACCACAACAACAACAGUCGAAGAAUCAUCAUCGGCGUGCGGAUUCCGACGAUCUCCACCGCGUAUUCCAAAUGUUCGAUCACAAUCGCGACGGAAGAAUCACUAACGAUGAACUUCGAGACUCGUUGGAGAGCAUUGGAAUAUUCGUAUCAACUACAGAUCUAAACCGUAUGAUUGAGGAAAUAGAUGUUGAUGGAGAUGGUUGUAUUGAUAUGUAUGAGUUUAAGAAACUGUAUAGAUCGAUUGCUGAGGAGAAAGAUGGAGAUGAUGAUGAUGGAAAAGAUGAACUUGUUAAGGAGGCUUUUGAUGUAUUUGAUCAGAAUGGAGAUGGGUUUAUUACUGUGGAUGAGUUAUGGUCUGUUUUGGCUUCUCUUGGGAUGAAACAAGGACGUGCUGCAGAUGAUUGCCGGAGGAUGAUCGGAAAAGUUGAUGCCGACGGAGAUGGUAGGGUUAAUUUUGUGGAGUUUAAACGGAUGCUUAAGGGUGGUGGAUUUGCAGCUUUAACUUCACAGUGAUCUUUUCUUUUCUAUCAAUUCUCGAAUUAUAAUGUCUGUUAUUGCUCAGUCGUAAAUAUUUUUCAUUUUAAGGGUAAAAUGGUACAACAUAAAGUUUU